GAAGCCCCUGCGGUUUGCUGGCUGCCAUCUCCGGGUUAAUGCUGAGCUGGAGGAGCUGGGGGCGGGUGGGGUUCCUGGGGCGCAGGGCUGAGGGGGCAAGGUCGAUCCCAGAGUGGGCCAGGUUAAACCCCACCAGCCACGGCCAGGCUCUCGCCCUAGAUGGCUUCAGCUUGACCGACGACGACGGAGGAAUGGAGACACAUCAUCCACGGCUAACAACUACGUCCUCCUCCGGCAACAGCAGUAGCAACUGUUUCCUCAUCGCAGGGAUCCCUUGCCUGAAGGAGGCCUGGGUGCUAUGGGGGCUGUUUGGGGUCAUGGCGCUGCUGUUUCUUCUCUCCCUCAUCGGCCAUCUAGCCCGCUGGGUGAAGGACUGCAGAGAGGGUACCCCCGAGCCAGGAAGAGUCCCGGGCUUUGCAGAGGAGGUGCCGCUGUACGGGAAUCUGCCAUAUCUGCAGACGGGACGGCUGCCCAAGGAGCCCGAUUCCAACCUUCAGGAACCCCAGACCAACCGCAAAGAACGGGCUGGGGAGGAGCUCCUGUGCUACGCCAGCCUUCGGGGGCAGUCCUUGGCCGGCCCGGCCCCAGCUUCAGCUCCCACCGCCGGCCCUUCGCCGGCUCCGGCCCUGCAGUAUUCGGACGUUGUGAUGGGGCCCACCCUGGAGCCGGCCACGGACCCGCGGGCGCCCCGGGAGCCGGAGCUCUAUGCCUCCGUGGAUUCCCAGAAGCGCUGCACCGCCUUCCCAGACCAGGACUAUGCUAACAGUCACUGUGGACUUCCCAGGGAGGGCUGAGGCCGGCUGGGCCCAACCGGCUCCGCUCGCUGCCAGAACGCCCCGAGGCCCCGGCCUGCCUGGCCCAGGACAGCCGGACGGUCAGGUCACUGGGCCUGGGACCGACGGGGAGACCGUUGAGGGGAGACGACGGGGUACGGGGCUCGGAGGAUGCGGUCUUUGGCGGAGGGGUUGGGUGGAGGGGGCGGGGAGACACCGCUGCCAGUCCAGCCCUCUGCCCUGGGGCAGGGAUCAGCUCGCCAAGGCAAUGGGAACUGGUCUUUCCCCUAAAGGUUUCCCUUCCAAUAAAGAUGUUGGUCCUUCUCCACGGA